ACUUUAAAAAGAAAAAAUGAAUGGAAAUAUCUCACUAGCCACGUGGCGCUGCUUCUGCUUUCUACUAUAUAUUGAACCAUAGCCCCCUUUCUUAAAUUUCAUUCCUAACUUUGGAAAUUUGGUUAUAAUCUCCAACUCAAAUCCAAGGAAAUUAGUCUGUUUCAUUUUAUCAGAAGAAAGUAAGUGAAAAAUGGCGGCAGCAACUUGUAUUGAUAUUAUUGUGGCAAUUAUUUUGCCCCCUCUUGGUGUAUUCCUCAAGUUCGGCUGCAAGCAUGAAUUCUGGAUAUGUUUGCUGCUCACCCUUUUUGGUUAUAUUCCUGGAAUCAUAUAUGCUGUCUAUGCCAUCACAAAGGAUUCGAAUUAGUACUUCUACCACGGUGAGAGAUUCAAAUGGUGGAGGCUCUUGUUGAUGUGCUUGCAAAAUAUAUGGAUUAAAAAACAUAUUCGUGUUUGAAUUUUUUUUCUAAAGUCUCUUGAUUUUUUAGGAGAUCUCAUUUGACAUCAUCGUUUGUAAUGUGUCGUGUAGUUACUUAUUUAGUGUUCUUUGUGUCGACGUGUUUCAUACAGAUGUAAGUAUAAGUUAUUGUUGGUUGUGUUUGCAAUUUUUAUGAUUAUCUUGAUUUGAUUAGUAAAGUUUGACUAUCUUUUAUUUGUUGUGCCAA